GAAUCAUAAAUUGAGACAUAGAUACAGUAGUCUGCAUUUUUUUAUUACUUUAUGUUAACAAGUUAUUGGUGGCUUCUAGGUUGCUCUCAGUGAAGAUGACUUAACAGUUUUAAUGAAAAUUUUGCUGGAAAAUCUUGGAGAAGCUUCUUCACAGCCAAGCCCUACACAGUCUGUGCAGGAGGCUGUGAAAGUGAGAAAAGAAGGUGUGCCAAGUGCACCUGACCACCUCAAAGAACAAGAUUUGACAGACUCAAAGCUUUCUGUGGACCAGAGUGUCACUCUGCAAUUUGACUUUCACUUUGAAUCUCUUUCCAUUAUCCUUUAUAACAACGAUGUCAACCAGGAGUCCAAACUUUCAUUUCAUAAUGAAAAUUUCCGUCUUGGUGAACUCAGACUGCAUCUUAUGGCCUCCACAGGGAAGAUGUUUAAGGAUGGCUCAAUGAAUGUCAGCGUUAAACUUAAGACAUGCACCCUUGAUGAUCUCAGAGAAGGCAUCGAGAGAGCAACAUCGAG